AUGGUAGUAUUGCGAAUUUCUUGGAUUGUACUUUUGAUAGUCGUGAUUCUACUCACAAAUUCUCCAAUUGAGUCCGCUUCUGCUGCAAGAAAGCGUAACUUAAGUUCUCGUGAUAACGUAUUACGUUUGGCGGCCAGAAAUACACCCAUCUCAUUUACUGGAAGUUCUGUCAUAGCACGAGACGAUCAACCAGCUCCUCGAGCAUUACGCAAGAGAAAAUUAUCAAACGGAAAACGUUACAACAAUCAAUUUCCAAAAUUUCAUAAAAGAAACAAAAAGUACGCGACCUCUGAAAUUUAA